AUGUCGACAACUGCCCUUGUGCGGCUCUGGAGCUCGAUUCCAGUUGCUGUUACAGUCCCCAUAAACAGCGUCAUGGGUAGAAAAACUGACCCCGGUGUGACGGCAAGUUUUCGGACAACUUCGCUAUAUGGUUGCACAGCCAUAGUCGUUGUCGAUGAAUUAGGAAUGGUUCUUGGCCAUAUCGCCCAAGAAGGCAAAGGAAACAACAUAUACACCUUGGAAUCGAUACCACAGGUCGGGGAGUAUCUUACGAAAGGAAAGGCUUCCUUCACAGGAGGCAGAAUCGACAUUGGGCUUAACUGCAUCAAAAACUAUCUUGUCACCCUAGGCGUCCAGGAAGCAAAUGUGCAUUUCUCGCAGUAUACAUCAGGAGGCCCUACUGUCGGUCCUCGAAGCAAACUUGUGGUGGAAAGUGUCUAUGACAAUAACGCAAGGAGAACAAACGUAUAUAUUGCGAAGGAAGACCCUAUUUGGCAAAGAGACUUUACCAAGCCACUCAGGCCAGCGCGAUUCAACAUUCAGCCGGGACCGCCACUUCCUCGGCUCUCGCAUAAUGAUUAG